UACGCGGGACCGAGCCCGACCCCCAAGUCGAUCAAAAUCCAUUGUUUCACGCGUUCGGCGAACGUCCUACGUUCUUUUCUCGAGGAAGUCCGAGCCUUCAGCAAGCAUAAAUCGACCUCCUACGUCUCGGUCUACCGUCCCGCUCUCGGCCGCGAUGUCCCCCGUUGGACCCGCGUCACCUGUCGUCCCGCCCGGGACAUUUCUACCGUCAUCCUCUCAAACGACAAGAAAGAAUCCAUCAUCAAGGAUAUCAAGGAGUAUCUACACCCUCGCACCUAUCAGUGGUACUCGGACCACGGCAUCCCCUACCGUCGCGGAUACCUCUUCUCCGGACCCCCUGGCACCGGCAAGUCUAGCCUCGCGGGCGCCAUCGCAGGCAUGUUUGAACUGGAUAUCUUCGUGCUGGGGCUCAACGAUCCGGAUAUUAGCGAAGGGCAUCUUUUCUAUCUGCUCUCCAAAGUCCCAUCGCACAGUGUCGUGCUGGUCGAAGACGUCGAUGUCGCCGGGGUGAGCAUGCCCAGGGAGCAGAAUCCGGCGAAGGUGUCACCCAAAAAGAAAGAUGCGGAUGCAACGAAACACCGCUUGGAGCAUCAGCCCAUCUCACUCUCCGCGUUACUCAAUGCCAUCGACGGCGUGGCGUCGCACGAGGGCCGCAUCCUCAUCAUGACGACGAAUGUUCCGGAGAGUCUGGACCGCGCGCUCAUUCGUCCUGGUCGCGUCGAUUUGCACGUCAAGUUCGAACUUCCCGGACGCGAGGAGUUCAAGGAGCUGUUCCGCAGUGUGUACACUGGUCUAGAGGAGUUCGAAGAAAAGGAAUGUCCCGGUCGGGAUCUUGAAGAAUUGGGCGUGCGUUUCUCCAAACAGUUGCCUGAGAACCACUUCAGCGUUGCCGACGUGCUGGGGUAUCUACUGCAGUACAAGCUGCACCCUGAGCAGGCGUGUGACAACAUCGCUGAGUGGGUUGAACAGCAGACCCUGGAGAGCGAA